AUGUCAGAAUGUGGUGGGCAGGAACAGUCAAGAUGGACAACAACAGUUAUUAUGAGUACAGUUCUGCAGAAUCAUGAAAUUUCUACAGUUCUACGAAGGCAGCAACACCGAGUUCGAUAUUCUGAUUCAGUGGAAAUUGGAUCUGUGAUUUUUUCUCUUUCUGGUGUUGCAUUUAUGCUGUUAGACGCUCAAGAACUGCUUAUAGCAGGGGAAGAACAGUACUCCAAAAGACUUCAGAAAUUCAUAAACAUUCAUCGAAACAGUUUUUUGGUUUUGUCAGCUGCUCUUCAUGGACCAGAAGAAUGGAAUGUCAUGUUUAGGAUUCAGAGAAGAUUCUUUGGCAGUAAUUUACGCAUAAUACCAGUUCAUAAUACUGCUGAAACUGUUAAGUUAAUGCUAACUAUAGCUAAGAUAACUUCCAAGCCAAAAGCAGAUGAUAUUUGUUACAAAAUGGUAAUGAUAAAAGCCCAAAUAAUAGAAAACAGUCCAGUUUGGAAGAUGCUUCAAGAGUACCAGAGGCAAUGUAAUUAA